UUGUCUGGAUUGUCCACAUCUUCCAGUUUAUAUUAAACGUUCAUUUUACUGAAUACUUUUAUCUAUAAAAGCUUCUUUCUUGGUCGAGAAGGUUCUUUCUUGGAAAAUAAUAUUCAGAAAUAAUGAAGACGAUUCUUUUGCUUGCAAUUAUUGUUAGUACAACGGCGUUAGAGCUCCCCAGUAAUUUCAAGACUUGUAAGAGGUCGGAUCCGAAAUUAUCAGAAUGCGUUGCAAAUGCUUCCAAAAACGUAACUCUUAUGCUUGCCAAAGGUCUGAAGAGUUUUAAAAUUUUGCCUCUUGAGCCACUAGCGGUUGACAGCAUAAAAAUCGGUGAAUCUGAGGAUUCGGUAUCGCUUAAACAAGAAUAUUGGAAUAUUAAGGUACAUGGAUUGACGAAAGAUGGAGAUAAACUGCGAGUUUUCAAUUACAAAAUAGACUGGGACAAGUUAAUAUUUAGCUGGGAAACUUUUAAUUCUCAAGUGGAUUUUGUUGCUGAUUACAAACUCAGUGGCAGGAUUUUAAUACUGUCACUUCAAGGAGAAGGCAAAUGUAAUAUAUCUAUGCAUGAUUUGAGGACGACACACGUUGCGUAUUUUGAAAAGUUUGAAAGGGAUGGUGAAAUUUAUAUGAGAACGAAGAAAUAUAUUGUCAAAUUCUUUCCCAAACACGUAGACCUACAAUUCAAUAAUCUGUUCAGUGGAGAUCAAAUUUUAGGUGACCAAAUCCAGAAAUUCCUCCGGGAUAAUUCUGAAAUAAUUUUUAAGGAACUUCAAGGACCUUUUGAAGAAGCUUUUGGAUUCGUCUUUGCUAAAAUCACCAAUGAUAUUUUCACUCGCGUGCCAUUAAACAAACUUUUUAAAUAGAUAAAAUUAUUACUUUUUAUUAUUAUUGUUAUUUUGCGUUUUAUUUUUAAGAUAAUUGGGUAAAAGUAUAACGUACCAAAAUUGUAUAUGUAUGCGCAAUAGUUUACAUGUUAGAA